GUUAGCCGCCAGUCCUGUGAGCCUCUGGGCUGAGACAUACUGACAUACUAAGUGAGCAAGGGACAAGAGAGGGGAAAAGUGAGAGAACAGGAAAGAGGGGAGGCAGAAAGACAGGAAAACCCAUCAGAAGUAAAGAGAGACAGGCGAGGACUGACAGGAGAAGAAGAGAAGGGAGAGAGUUAAAGACAAACUGAAGUGAGUAACAGUCUCUCUUCUUCUCCUUGAAGUUAUGGCUGAGAACAACACAAAUCUCCUUCUGGAAAUACUUCAGUCUUUUGAUGCUGUCCCUCUGAUCAUAGCUUUCUGUGUGUCCAUCGCUGUGGGCCUGGUCUUGGGCGCCCUGGUUUACGUGAUCUUAACCUGGAUGUCCCGACGCAAAGCCGGCUCUGCCAGCAUCACCCGCCGUCCUCCCCGCCAAACGCACGCGUCUUCGCGCAACCGCCCAGGCUUUAACCGCAACAGCAGCUACGACCGACGCAGCAACAACAGUUUGGUCAGUGCUGCUUUCAGCUUCCACCGCCAGACUUCCUCCGCAGAUCCCCUUGAUCCACUGGGGCACAAAUCCAGCUUCAGGGCCUCCACCUUCCACCCUCUGCUCCAGUGCAGCCAAAUCGCCAGAGAGGCAGAGGAGGGGAGCCAGACCACGCUGCCUCGUACACCGACUCUGACCACGUCAACUGGAUCAGCCCAAACAGCAGCCCGGCCAGCUGCCACCCCACCCAGACCUGAGUCAUGUUGGGGGAACAAUGGCCUGAGGGGUUCCCAUGCUACACAGACCCCACCUCCAGCUUAUGAGAGCAUUAUUAGAGCAUAUCAGGAAACAUGCACCUGAGAGAACCAGGCUGAUCUUUAACUAAACGAGCCCACAGUUGUAAAUGGAUCUACAAAUGAUAUUGGACUAAAUCUACACUUUAUAUGACCAGGUGGAGCAGAGAGAAGCCGACAAGGACAUGGAGGAAAAUUGUGUACAAAGUACACAAUAACACUCUAA